GGCAGACAGGCCGCGCAUGCUUUGCGUGCAUAGUGCCCUGGAUUUGGGAAUCGAGGAAGGGACACAGAUAAUGAUAAGAGGAAAGAACAAGAAAAUUGAGGAAGUAGAGAUGACACUUCCUCUUCUUUCGAAAGAGCUUCAGUCUCUGCUCAGCUUCUAAUUGUAGUCCUGUGUAGACUGAGCCUCCAGAGCUGUUGCUGCUUGGGGUGGAAUCCUCGGCCUUUUCCUCAGUGGAUUAUGAGUUUUCUGAAUUCAGGGAUAACCAGUCAGCUCUUGGAUUUACUCUCUUUCCCUUGCAUAUCAGAGGCAACAGAACUGGAACGAGGGUACUCAUAGCCUUUUGGUGUCUCUUUGCAUUCGUGUUAUGAUUCCAGCCAGAGAAAGCCAUCUAUUCUUGAAGGAGAUGGUAUGCUUGGAUUGUGUCAACAAAUGUCUCAAUUGAAGGCUUUUGUUUCUACUAAUUUGACAUCAUACAUGGCUACUGAUGGCAAUGCUCUUCAGGUUCCCUUGCGUCAGAAGCAGAGAAAGAAAACUCAAGGUUUUUUCACGAUGAGUCGGAGGAGGAUAUCCUGUAAAGACCUGGGACAUGCUGACUGCCAAGGUUGGCUAUAUAAGAAAAAAGAAAAAGGAACUUUCCUGAGCAACAAAUGGAAAAAGUUCUGGGUGGUGCUGAAGGGAACGUCGCUAUACUGGUACAGCAAUCAAAUGGCAGAGAAGGCUGAUGGAUUUGUCAAUCUGCCCGAUUUCUCUGUAGAGAGAGCAUCUGAAUGCAAGAAAAAGCAUGCUUUUAAGAUCAGCCAUCCACAGAUCAAGACCUUUUUUUUCGCAGCUGAGAAUGCACAGGAAAUGAGUGUGUGGUUAAACAAGCUUGGAUUAGCUGUAAUCCAUCAUGAAUCUGCUACAAAGGAUGAAGAAUGUUAUAGUGAGAGUGAACAGGAGGACCCUGAAAUAGCUGUGGAGACACCACCCCCUCCUUACUCUGCAGAGACUUUCUCUCCUUUGGCUGCCCAGCAGGCACCUUCAUCUUCACCCAAAUCAUGUUCUUGCUCUUCCUUGGAAAGUACGAUAAAGACACAAAGCAGUUUGGCCUCCUUCUCUAGAGACAGACAGUCCUGGAUCGACAUGGGCAACAGUUCGGCCGCUGCUGACAAUGAGGAACAGUCUAUAAUGUUUGCUGUGGCAGUGCGCUCAUCUGCCCCUGCUGAAGCAAACAGUUGCAGGGCUCUGGAGAAUAGCUUUGCCACAUCAGAAAGUGGAUUUUUGAACUCUUUGUCUAGUGAUGAUACUUCUUCACUGAGUAGCAACCUGGACCAUCUUGCUGUCCCAGACCAGCCCACUGGAUCAAAGAUGGCAGACAGAGAAGAAACAAAAUUGUCUGAGGAUGAUGAAAUGGAGAAACUCUACAAAUCGUUAGAACAAGCUAGUCUUUCUCCUCUUGGGGACCGUCGGCCUUCAACCAAAAAGGAGUUGAGAAAGUCCUUUGUUAAGCGAUGUAAGAAUCCAUCCAUAAAUGAGAAACUUCACAAAAUCCGAACCUUGAAUAGCACAUUGAAGUGUAAAGAACAUGACCUGGCCAUGAUUAACCAGUUGCUGGAUGAUCCGAAGCUGACUGCCAGAAAAUACAGGGAGUGGAAGGUGAUGAACACCCUGCUGAUCCAGGAUAUCUAUCAGCAGCAGCGAGCCCCCAUGUCUGCCCAUGAAGGCACCCCCGAGGGACUUGAGAAACCACCUUCCUCUGCCUGUGUUGAAAAUUCUAUUUGAGAACAAGCCAGCAUUUUCUUCCCUUAUAUUACCCCAAGCAACUUUUGGAGAUGUUAUAAGAGCUUUCCUUAAAAGGAAAACUGAAACCAGUUAUUCAAGCAUUGGCUCCUUCUCUAAAGAUGUGACUAAAGUGAGGACCCACUCUGACAGCAACAGGACUCUUCAUUCUGGUUGUAGUGCUUACACUGAGACUGGAGGGAUUGAGUCCAGUUGAACAAACAUCGUGUUUCUACUCGGAGCUCAUGGUUAUGCUGGGCUCUAAGUGAGAUGUGAGAAGUGUAGGUUCCUUGCUCUAAAGAGAAUCACAGUGUUCUAUGGACAAAGAUCAUGUUUUACCAGGGAUAAUUAUUCAGAGAAAUGUUCUCUUUUCCAAAAGAAGAAUCUACAGAUUCCACCAGGUUGGGUAGUUGAAUUCUUCAAAUCAUUUCUUUGAGUGGAGGAAUGUGUUUUACAGCAGAAACUGGAAGGGAACAAAUGUGGUAUUACAGAACCAAAAUCUCUCACCUUUGGUCUGGAAUGGUGGUGCCUUUUCCAUGAGCUGAGAAAUACUUCACAGUGAUUGGUGUGUGGGAUAGCCCAAGGAGGUGGCAUGUUCUGUUAAACACUCCCUCAAAAGACAGGCUUGAUGUUUCCACACUUUACCCAGGUGUGGGGUGGAGGUGGGGGUGGGGUUGGGGUUGGGAGUAAGCGAUCUGAUUAGUUUCCUUUCCACAGAACAGCUAAAGAGAUCUAUGUCAUCACACUUAGAGACCUCUACUCCCUCCUAGCUUCUCUAAGCCAUUGCAGGAGAUAGAAGUAAGUCCAGCAACGAAUGUUUCUUGCUUUUGUCUCUGGGUGUGAUGCCAAUACACAGUGUCAAUUUAUAUUGUUUCCCCAAGAUCAAGAUGGACAAGAUAAUUCUGGUGUCUGAAUGGGUUUGAUUGAUAUCUUUACUCCAAAAAACCCCACAAAAGCAACAAGAGACUUACAAUAUGAUUGUUUUAUUUUUGUAUAUUUACGUGUCACUUUGUGUCCUAUGUGAAUAGCUAUCUAUAAUAUGUUUGUUAUUUAAGUAUAUUUAUAGAAGGUCAAAUUACUAGUGUUUUAAAAGAUGGUAAAGUAAUUAUAUGUUUUGCUCAAUAUAUAUUCUCCAAGUAUAUACUUUUUUGCUUGAGAAAAUAGGAAUACUGUUGAUUCAGUGGAGCUUUUAUGCUGCACUAUGAUGUAUGAGGAAUGCUCAGGAUAACUUGUGGGAUAAAUGUGGAGGCAUGUAUUAAUAAUGGUUCAAUUUCUAGCUUCUCUUUCCCUCUCGCUCCCUCUCUUUCUCAACCCAGAGUGCUUAGAGUUGUGUCACUCGCUUAACCAGAAAAGGACUUUCACCUUAGGUUAUUUUUUCAAGUAAAUAAACUUUUUAAGCCUUAUGGCAUUUAUGCCCACAAACCCUAAACCAAAUGAAACACAGUGAAGAUAGUCUUUUAUCUGGGGUCUGAUAGAAAUUUUGGGGUCUGCUGUUAAUAGAGAAGUAGUUAUGAAGUAAUAUGAAGUUAUUAGAGAAGUAAUAUCUUCCCUUAUUAAUCACCACAAAUAUUUUUCAUCCUACGAAUAACCACAACCCACCAAAAACCCAUUUUGCCCUUACCCCUAGCAAAUUGUCAGCCAAAAACGCACACGGGGUAUGUUUCAGAGAGUGAACCUGUGGCUUGACAUUCAAAUGGAAAUAACCCUCUGAAUUUUAUCUGCAAACCAAAUGGAAAGAGUCCUUGAAUGUUUCCCCAAGUUUUACUCAGAAGUGUUAAUACUUUGUAAACAAAAACAACCUCAGUAUUAAGAAAGAAGAAAGAAAAACCGCAGGAAACAAGUUAGAAUUCUAGAAGCUUCUGUAAAAUAAGAGGGCGUGGGACACCUGGGUGGCUCAGUGGUUGAGCAUCUGCCCUGGGCUCAUGUGGUGCUCUCGGGUCCUGGUAUUGAGCUCCACAUGGGGCUCUCUAAGGAGCCUGCCUCUCCCUCUGCUUAUGUCUCUGCUUCUCUCUCUCUGUGUCUCUCAUGAAUAAAUAAAUAAAAUCUUAAAAAAUAAAUAAAAUAAGAGAACGUGUCAGGCAGUAUGGCCCAGCAGACAUUUAGGAGUGCCUGCCCCACAUAGAAUGGCUUCCCAGACUCAGGGGCCUGGCUUAUGGUGAAUUUACUGUUGGCAACGGUGACCAUGGGAGUCCUCAGAUAGGAUCUUGAAGCUUCUGCUUUGAGCAGCCAGUGCUUUAAUCUCUUCACAAUGUAAACAAAAUUCGAGGGAAUGAGAAGUAUGAGUGGAGGAGAUAAUUGUAUGGCAAAGUUUUCUUUCACCUUCUUUUCCCUUUGCUUGAGAUACCAAUCUAGAAACUCCGAAACCAUUUUUUUUAAAUUGAAGUGCUCCAGAAGCUUUUGGCCAGGGCUCGAGAAUACACUUCCAUGCUUUGCUUUGGCUUCUCAUUAAUGCACACUUAACUGGCCACUUAGUGUAAAUUCCUUUAGGAGCACUCAAACUUAAAGGCAGAUUAGGUCCAAGAGAUUAUGGAAUCAAACCUUUCAGUUAUUUGUCAAGGUCUAGUCAAUCCAGAAGCUUUGGCUUUGUUAAAGCACUUACUCUGCAGAAGCUCCCCCAGUGAAAGACCAAACUGCCCAAUCUUGCACCCACUCUUCUAGACCAAGCUUGCCUGCCUAUUGGUGUCAAGACCUUUCUGUAAAUGCUUUCCAUUCUGCAUUACUUUGUGUUAGGAAGUAGGGGGCUGCCUCUGUGAGGCAGCUUCAGCUGUGGCCACUGAGAGGAAUUGGGGUUGGGAGGGGCAGUAGGAAGUGACAGAGUGGGUGACACUUUCCAUGAUACUCAAUUUAGGAAUAACCCUGCCAUUUUUCUGGUUCAAAGGAUAUUGGGAAAACUAGAUUACUUCCAUUUUAUUCUUGGGAAUUGGGUCAUCUCUGAAAUGGAUUUUGGGUACUUUCAUGCGGUCUAAAGGGUGACUCUGUUACCCACUCCUGUAGACAUAGUGUCUGAGGGCUGGGGAAUGACCCAGAACCAUGGCUGCUCAGGAAGCAGAUAAUCUGAGCAUAAUCAGAUCCAACCCUGGGGCACCUGCUGUGGAUUAGGAUCUGGAUGGGACUCCUCUUUGAGUUUGUAAGGAAGACUACUUCUCUCUGUUGUUAGCCUGCAGACCCAGACUAGUGCCCGAUAGGAUACCUCCAUGGCUGGUUCAUUGCAGCAUACACUGAAUUGAAUGGUCCCACAUUUGAUGGGCAUAUACUGCUUUUAAUAAUUCUUAGUUCUAAUCUCUGUGUAGCAUCAAAGAUCUAGGAAGAAUCAUAAAGCAUACUACUUCAAAGACUCCAGGAAGCCUAAGAAAGAUUGUGUGUGGAGUCAGAUUUCAAUGUGAAACCCAAGCCUUAUAUUUAUGUAGCACUUUGUAGUUUGCAAAUCUGUGUGUUCAGGCUUCUCUCCUUCCCUCUUAGUGGUCUUUGCAGGGAUGAUUGUGGACUAUCAUUCCUCUUUUCUCACCAGGGAGGAAAUAAGCUCCUCCCACUCCUCUCUCCCUUUACCUUGCCCAGUCACUGUGGGGUCCCAGCCCUGUGACGUUUGGUAUGUGUGCAUUGCGCUAAACAUAUCCACGGCCAUGGUGGCUUUUGUGAAGUCAUCCACUGGAAACCUGUGGGACCAUUCAAUUCCUCUUUUUCUCAGGGCUGAAGGGUGACUGUCCCUCCUGCAGCCACUGGCUGCUGAGCUGACUGGAUCGACAUGUGACCUAGUCACUCUGCUUCCUUUCCUUUCUUCUGGAAAUUUCACUGCUUCUUAGAGAUCCUUGGAUGGAAGAAGUAGUUAGAAGAAAUGGAAUUCACUUUUUUUCUUUUAAAAGCAUGUCGGGAGAUGUCAGAGACAGAGCCUAGUGACCAGGCGUUAGUCCCUCCACCUUCCUCUCCCAAUUUCUUCUCCUGUAAUUAUGGUAGCUUCCUCAGAUAGACUUGAAGUGACAAACAAUAUCAUAGAACUGAGAGAUCAAAAGAAAAUAUGCUUUAAGUCUCUUAAGGAGAGGUACCAGACAAAUCCCAGCUAUAUUUAAGUACAUGGGCACACACCCCUUUUAAAAUAGUCUCCUUGAAAGGUAGUAUUUUGAUAUUUAGCCACACAGAAUGUUUAAGUGAGUAAUAUAAGUACAGAGGAUACCUUUCCAAUAAUAUAAUAAAAAUAUAUAAUAAAAUAACCAAUAACUUCUGUUUAGUUUUAGAAUAUAUCUCUUCUUCAGUCUAAUAAAAUAGGGUAUUUGAGAUUUCCCAUUUUAUUUUCCUUCCAAUUUUGUGUGUACUUAUCUCACAAGAGAAAUCGAGUCCUAGAAAUGUCAGGUGACAGUCCUAGAAAUGUCAGGGUUUUGUAAUUUGUAAUUAAGAAGGAAAGCCCCUGAAACUAGAUCUUAACAGUCCAUAGGGAAUGGAUUAAGGAGGAGGAAUAAUUCUUACCUUCCCUGAAAGCCGCACCUCUCUGUGAACAAGAUACCGAACAGCUCCACAUUUUUCUAUGUUGUGAGACAGGAAGCAAUUUCCUUGCUUCCUCUGCACAUUUUUACUCUUCCCCGUACUACCACAGACCACGGAAAACAUUAAACAUGAUUCUACAUUCAGAAAAGUCCUUCCAGAUCUCUUCCCGUGAGAUCUCACUGUUCUAUACCAAUAUUUCUUUAUAUUGAGUCCAAAGGGGAGGAAGCAUGCUCCAUAGAGACAUUUAGCAUCCUGAAAUAAACACCAGGAUCUGUAAUCACCAUAGAAUUUAAUGUCCUUGCAUGAUGGGGAUAUGACAUUUAGCACUGCAUGGUGUUUGGGGCAAGAUGACAAUGUGGGAGUGAUAUCUUCAAUUUCCUUGUGCUUUCAUUCUCUGUCACCUGUCCUCUUUGAACUGAAAAAAAGAGGCAUGGCUCAUUUCUUCUGCAUUAUGUUUUUUGAGAUUGCCUUGUAAGAUACAAAUAAAAACAAGAGAAAACAUAUCUAGUAAAAUGAUAUGGAAAAAAAUGGAAAUCUAUUCCUGGUGUUCGUUUUCUGCCCUGCACAGUGUUGCUUUCUUCAAGAACAAACUCUCUGGGAAGAAUUUGCUGGCUGGGCUUUUAGCUUCUACAAAGGUUGCAGUGCUCUCUGGUGGCCAUCAUAAGAAUAGCUGAUCUAGACUUGAUGUUUUUGUUUUUAAAUACAGCAUUUAAUUAUGUUGGGAAAUCUAUUUCAAUAAUAACUGAUGGGCUCUUCUUCGGUGGUCCUUCACCUUACAGACUUUUUAGUAAAAAGAUAUAUUUAUCAAAAUUGUUGGUCUUCAUAAAACUUGACUUGCACAUUAUGUACCCCUUAUCAUUUCUAGGCACCCACAUUUUGUUUAGAAAAUUAGAAAAAGUUGCAGAUCAUAACAUUAAGACCUGUGGCACAUAUGUUUCUUAAAAAGCAUAAGCUGUUUCUGUGUGAAGAAUGAACAGAAAAAAUGUAGAAAGAGCAUAAUAAAUUGCCUUUAUUUUGGAUCACUGAUGAGAGGAAGUUAGCCUGCAUUUGAACUUGAUUCACACAUCCUUGAUUGCUGUCUACACAAACAAAUAAAAGGUUAUUUUUUUUC